AUUUGCUGUUUGGAGUGUUUGGACUGAAUCACUUGUAUAAUAUUCAAUGUUGUUAUUUGACUUGGGUAUUGGUUCUUUGGUUUCGGUAGUUGUUUAUGUAAUUUUCUGUGAUGCAGUAUAGUCUAUUGUAGAUGUCUUUAACAAAAUUAAAUUAGUUAUUAAUAUCAAUUAACAAUUGACAAUGAUUAUUAAAUAACUGUAUCGAUAGUGUUAUUAAUAAUAGUUAACUAUUAAGUAGGUAGGUAAUUAAACUUAUUGUCCAAGGUCUUCAUAUUUUCAACACGUUUGCCUUGAUGUAGAUUUUGUUAGUUUUGAAUUGAUGUUAAUCCACUGUCGUCGGAACUUCUGUUCAUUGAUUUUUUUAAUUUUAUUUUACAGCUAAAAAAAAAUUCAGAUGAAAUAUUGUUGACUGAUUAUAAUAUUAAUUAAGCUAUUCAUAUUUACAUUUAAAUUUAAUUACUUCAACAUACUAGACCAUGUCUAUAGAAAAGGAAGAAUGUGAAUUAGAACAACUGGUGUCUUCUGACGAAGAACCUAGACCAACAGAUAUUUCACAAAUUACACCUCCAAUUACACCCAAGCCUCCUCCAAGAGCACAUUCCCAUUCAGACAGCCGAACUAAGACUAGCAAUGUAAGUGAAAAGUCACUUUCUAUUGAAAGUCAAAAGAACGAAUGCCAUAAAUCUACAGCCAGGUUGUCAAGUAAUUCAUCCAUACAAGAUAAACCACAAGCUCAACCGUCCAACAUAGGUGGUCCGACUCGCUUGAUGUGUGUUAAUGAGAGAUUAGGACGCAGUUCUCUACAUGACUACAAACCACCACGUCCGCCACCUCCAAAAUUUAAUAAAUUGCAAAAUAAAAAAGUAAUCUCUGAACAAACUAUGGAUAGAAGUUGCCUACAUCAUUGUUUUUUGUCAGAUGUGACCGAUGUCAGACAAAUGGAGCAAGCCCUACAGCAACUACUUGAAGAUUUUCACUCUGGGAAAUUACGUGCAUUUGGUAAGGAUUGCAGUAUGGAACAAAUGACGGCUAUUCGUGAGCAACAAGAGCAUUUAGCAUGGUUACAUUUUGAACUUGGUGUAAGACAAGACGGAUCAAAUCCGCUCAGUGAACAAGGUAUUGCCAAAGGUACAGAAAACAUGCACUCCUUAAUGGCUAGUCUAGAACAGCUAUCUUUAUCCAUCGAAAAAUUACAUUCAUUCAGUAAUUCUACAUCUGAUUAAAAUUUGAAGUACAAUAUGCAAAAUAAACAACUGACUUUUAUUGGUACUAGGGAUUAUUGACUAUAUAAUGAAUGGAAUUGUACAAAAAUUAAAUAAUAUUGCUCAUUUAUUCAUUCCAUAUAAAAAAU